AUUCAUUCUUUUCCUGAUUUUCGUUUUGAAAAUGUGUUUAUUCCACCUGAAAAUCUAUUAUUAUUAUCCACUUGACAAUGACAGCAAACGAAGCUCAAUGUUGGCUACGCGAAUUUGAGUUGUAAAUAAAGUACAACAUAAACAACACUAGACUGCGAUUUUGUUCAUAAUAAUUUGUAACUUUCACUUGGAGAAUAUAUAGUUACGUGAUGGAAUUCCUCCUCGGCGGGAAUCAAAAGGAUACAGUUAGAAGUGCAUGCAAAAAGUGUGGAUAUGCUGGUCACCUCACCUACCAGUGUAGAAACUAUCUUAAGAUUGAUAAAAAUCAGACGAUAGUUACCGGAAACAAUCGAUCUGGCAGUGAAUCGCCAGAAUGGAAUUACCUUACUCCGCUCCAAGAAUUGAGGCGACAGGAAGAGCAUCAGGAAAAGACACAAGCCGAAAAACAUGAUAAUAAGCACAAAGAUGCUGCAAAGAGUUCAAGGCGAUCUUCGAAGCGGAAACGUUCUAGAAGCCGAUCAUCAUCGAGUGACGACGAUCUGGAUAGAGAUAAACACAAGAAUCAAAAGUCGAAGAAAAAAAAGAAAAGUAAAAAAUCUAGUUAAACGGAAAACCUGAAGAUGUUCUUCAAACAUAACGUUUUUCUCAUAUAUGUAUAUUGAAAUUAUAAUAUUACUGACAAAGGAUAUUUUUUAGUCUUUGAGGAUAUGUUAUCCCACAAACUUUGAAAAUCUCCACCGACUUGCUGGUACUACAAACCGUCUAGCAUUCAGUAGAAAUGCAACUGAAUGACUAAAUUAAAGAAACUGUAUUAGGUGAUUGAUGUAUGCCAUAUGCAGUCAAACAUUAGCAUAGAAUUGUCACAAUGUUCGGAUUGUUCAGAUGCUUUUAAAGGAACGUAAAUUUAUGCAAAACGUAUUUAUUGUUUCAUCUAUAAAGUACAAUGAAAUCUAGUUCGCGGAUUUUUCGCACAUUCUAUUAUAUUUCUUUCAUUUUUGGUCUCAGUUUAGCUCCUGGAAAUCUGCAUUCUGAUAUUAUGUUAGAUUAUUCAUAUUAGAGUCGGCAAUAAAGCACUAUAAAUUGUA